CUAAAUGUAUCAAUAAUUAAUGAAUGAGAAAGGAUUUUUAGGGUUUGUCUUUAGUUUGUAGGGAUGUCCCACAAAUCACGUGAAGGAGGAAGGUCUUAUAGGAACUGUACAAGACAAAGCAGUCAUUUACAAUCUCCUCUAAUCCUUUCCUAGCCAGUUAUAAUUUAUCUCUCACGUGGGAUUCUUGCUCCCACCACCCCCUCUAUUUUCGUCUUCACACGCUUCAUCUUCUAUCUCUCUCUAUAUAUAUACCAAAUUUUCUUAGUAACAAUUUCAUGCUACUAUCAUGGGAGACUCUUCUUCCUCUUCAUCUUCGUCUUCUUCGUCUUCUUCUCCUGCUUCGUACAUUCAUUUGGUGCAGCAUCUGAUCGAGAAGUGUUUGAUAUUUCACAUGACCAAGGAAGAAUGCAUGGAAGCACUUUCUAAACAUGCAAAUAUUAAUCCUAUUAUAACAUCCACUGUGUGGAAUGAGCUAGAGAAGGAAAAUAAGGAAUUCUUUGAGCCUUAUUACAUGAAGUGGAAGGGUAAAGACGAAAGAGUGUCUGAGGAAGAGACAACACAGAUAAUACAGAAGAUGAUCUCAGAGUCAGAUUCCUCUAAAGAUGCAAAAGACAGUUGAAAAGGAUGUUAUGUGCCAUUGGGUUUU